AUGCUCUGGUUCUCCGGCGUCAGGGCUGUGGCUGAGCGUCCCUGCCGGCGCUCGCCUGGGAUUACCUGCUGCGUCUUGCUGCUGCUCAAUUGCUCGGGGGGCCCCAUGCCUCUGGCUUCCUCCCUGUUGACAGGUUCUGUUGCAAAAUGUGAAAAUGAAGGUGAAGUCGUCCAGAUUCCAUUUAUCACGGACAACCCUUGUAUAAUGUGUGUCUGCUUGAACAAGGAAGUGACCUGUAAGAGAGAGACGUGCCCCACGCUGUCGAGAGACUGUGCCCUGGCCAUCAAGCAGAGGGGAGCCUGUUGUGAGCAGUGCAAAGGUUGCACCUACGAUGGAAACACCUACAACAGCUCCUUCAAGUGGCAGAGUCCAGCCGAGCCCUGCGUCCGGCGCCAGUGCCAGGAAGGCGUCGUCACAGAGUCCGAGCUGCGCUGCGUCGUGCAUUGUGAGAACCCUUCCAGGCACCUGGGAACAUGCUGCCCCACCUGUCCAGGCUGUGUGUUCGAGGGUGUGCAGUACCGGGAAGGGGAGGACUUCCGGCCAGAAGGAGACAAAUGCACCAGGUGUUCCUGUGCUGGAGGCAGGACACAGUGCGUGCGAGAAGUCUGUCCCAUUCUCUCCUGUCCUCAGCACCUCAGCCACAUUCCCCCGGGACAGUGCUGCCCCAAAUGUUUGGGUCAGAGGAAAGUGUUUGACCUCCCGUUUGGAAGCUGCCUCUUCCGCAGUGAUGUGUACGACCACGGAUCUACCUUUCUCUACGAUAACUGCACUGCGUGCACCUGCAGGGACUCUACAGUGGUGUGUAAGAAGAAGUGCUCACGCCCUGGAGACUGUGACAGGGGCCAGGAGGCCUGCUGUGAGGGAUGCCUCCUGCACAUGCCCCCGGAAGACAUCAAAGUGUGCAAGUUUGGCAACAAGGUUUUUCGGGAUGGAGAGAUGUGGUCCUCCGUGAACUGCACCAUCUGCGCCUGUGCGAAGGGCAAGACGGAGUGUCGCAAGAAGCAGUGCGCCCCCAUCAGCAGCUGCCCACAGGGUAAAAUUCUCAACAGGAAAGGAUGCUGUCCUAUUUGCACAGAAAAGCCCGGCGUUUGCACGGUUUUCGGAGAUCCCCACUACAACACUUUUGACGGACGGACAUUUAACUUUCAGGGGACGUGUCAGUACGUUUUGACGAAAGACUGCUCCUCCCCUGCCUCGCCCUUCCAGGUGCUGGUGAAGAACGACGCGCGCAGGACGCGCUCCUUCUCCUGGACCAAGUCGGUGGACCUGGUGCUGGGCGCGGGCACCCUCAGCCUGCAGCAGCACCUGGCCGUGCGCUGGAACGGCUCGCGCAUCGCGCUGCCCUGGCAGGCGCCGCACUUUCACAUCGACCUGGACGGCUACCUCCUGAAAGUGACGACCAAAGCAGGUCUGGAAAUAUCCUGGGAUGGGGACAGUUUUGUAGAAGUCAUGGCUGCCCCUCAUCUCAAGGGCAAACUCUGUGGUCUGUGUGGCAACUAUAAUGGACAUAAGCGUGAUGACUUAAUUGGUGGAGAUGGAAACUUCAAGUUUGACGUGGAUGACUUUGCUGAGUCCUGGAGGGUAGAGUCCAAUGAGUUCUGCAAUAGACCCCGGAGAAAACCAGUGCCCGAACUGUGUCGCGGGACGGUCAAGGUAAAGCUUCGAGCCCAUCGAGAAUGCCAGAAACUCAAGUCCUGGGAGUUUCAGACCUGCCACUCGACGGUGGACUAUGCUACUUUCUACCGGUCCUGCGUGACGGACAUGUGUGAAUGUCCAGUCCAUAAAAACUGUUACUGUGAGUCGUUCCUGGCGUAUACGCGGGCCUGCCAGAGAGAGGGCAUCGGCGUCCACUGGGAGCCGCAGCGGAACUGUGCAGCCACCCAGUGUAAGCACGGGGCUGUGUACGACACCUGUGGUCCGGGAUGUGUCAAGACCUGUGACAACUGGAAUGAGAUUGGCCCAUGCAAUAAGCCGUGCAUCGCAGGCUGCCACUGUCCGGCCAACCUGGUCCUUCACAGGGGAAGGUGCAUCAAGCCAGUCCUUUGUCCUCAGCGGUGACCUUUGGUCAGCAGCUUAAGACUUGGGAACCUGGUGUCCUCGACACUGAAGUGAAGAGCCAGUGGAGGACUGCAGUAUUUGUGUGCCGAUCCUGCAGACAC